AUGGCGGCCGACCUCGUGGCCAUGCACGAUCCCGCCGUGAGCUUUGCAGAGAAGUGUUACUUGUCUUACUUAGUUCCGGCGGUUACAGACACCGACUUGGACGAACUGUUCAAGGACGUCGAACCGGGGCAACCUAUUAUCGAGUCCUUCAAAACCAGAGAGACUCUCUUCUUCGAUGAGACUGUGGAGCUUUUGCUCGUUCUCAAGGCACCUUGGCAAGAGGAAACAGUGCUACGCUCUCGCCUUGAGAGGCUGGCGAUAUCGAUAGAGGCACAUAUCGUCAAUGGCAGCGUCCCCGACGGCCCAAGUCCACCAGUAACGGAACUCAUCUUCAAGGGAUCGGUUCCAGAUGUCGCCGAUCCGUUCAUCAUUGUAGAUGAGGAGGAGGCUGGUGAUUCCGAGGGCGAGACCCAUCAGUGCAUCUAUGCCAUCUGGAAACUCCCCGUCUUACUGCCGCGGCCGCGCAUGCGAUUGCAGUCGCCCACAAUCAUCUUCACAGCAUCUGCCGGUCUCAAACCAGAUGAAUCUACCGACCUCGCACCCAACGGCCAGCGCUAUCUUCCUAGCGGGGUUCCAUCUGGGCUCAACCUUCUCGAGUCGUUCACCCAUGACCCUUCUCUUAAGGACGUCAAGCCAAGGCUGUCCGCUCUGCGAGUCUCUCGUGUGGUUCCCUUGACACAGCAAGAGGGUGUCGAGCAGCGCAUCCGAACCCUUCCCCAACUCAAGUUUCAGAUAUUCCCUGCUAUCAACAGUAGAAUACGAUUCUCUCGACCCAAUACCGAGCCUGUGAGCUCCGCUGUCAUUGCCAUCCUUGAAGUCGACUUUACUUCUUACUUUGAAAGCGAGUUUCUUCUUAACAAGAUCGAGCUGUCAGUCCCUGGUGGUGAGGUGCAGUGUCUCAAUGACGAUGCCCUGAUGCAACCACCUUUGAGAUGUGUCGCCCACGAUCAUAUCACCUUUCUUUAUCACGUCAUUCCUCGGCAAUACGAUCUCAAUCACUCAAACCAUACUCGAGAGCUCAAGAUCUCCAUCGUCGCCACAGCCCAGCUCAUACCCGACGUAUGCACGCCGCAACUAACAAUGAACUGGUCCACCCCGAUCGACUUCACCCUCCCAGUCAACCCCGGCUUCGGGGCAACACCAGGCCCCAGCCUCACCAUCCAGCGAUCCCACCGGCCGUCCCAGCUCUCUAUCAGCAGCGGCCAGGUCGGCACCCCGCUAAAAUCACCCGUCAUCCUCCGCCCAGACGCCCUUCCCACACUGGAAGCAGCCACGUCCCGCACGGAGACCGCGCUCCCCGAGCUGGGGAUAACCAUGUCCUUCAGCGCGCCGUCCGAGCCCGUGCGCCUGGGGGACAUCUUCUGCUGGACCGUCUACGUCGUGAACCGCCCCAGCGAGCAGAAGAACCAGCACCCGCGCAAGCUCGCCCUCGUCUCCCUGCCCAAGCGCCAGCGGCAGGAGGUGCGGAGCGUGCGGCCCGUCUCCUCCAGCAAGAAGAGGCACGCCGAGCGGGACAUCGCCGACGCGGCCCUGGACGACAAUGUCCUCCACGCCAUGCAGAAGAAUGCUGCCGUCGGUACGGCAGAGGUCGCCUGCUUGAGCGCCGACACGCGCGUUGGCCCGCUGGCUCCCGGAGCCUGCCAUGUGGUUGAGCUCCAAUUCCUGGCCCUCAAAGAAGGCAUAAUCGGCAUCGAGGCUAUUCGGGUUGUGGACAUGAGUACUCAGGAGCACGUUGAUGUCCGAGACCUGCCAACCAUGGUCGUGGAGCCCGCGGCCGCCUAG